AUCCGGACCCUUCUUGCACUCGUGCCACACCUGCUGACUAGCGUCGAUUUUUUGAACUGCCAAAUGAAUAGGAAAAGGCCAUCGAAUGGACUUACGUCUUACUUCCUUCUUCGGCGCUUUGUGUGAAGCUGACGCUGUCAAUACGCUGCACAUUCGCAAUGUGCACCUCGUUUGGAGAAAACACUUGACCCUGACAGACGGUGAACGAUGACAAUGCUCUAUCCAUGAUUUCAAAGAUGUCAGCUAAAUUCUUUAUGGAGUUCCUUCUAUCCUUUCUGUCUAGGUAGCCAGACUCUGAACUAAGCUAGGUAUUUUUGGCGUCCAUUCAGAAUGUAUUUAAAUAUCCCAUCCUCAACCCCCUUUCACUUUACUGCUGCAACAUCCCUUCGACUCGCGAGCAGCUGCUUUCUACCUAGACACUCAACAUGUCUGAUAUCCUAGCACUCUCUAAACUCGAGAUACCCAACAACACAGGGCUGUCUGUCCGUACUAGAUAUGCCGCUCGUAUUCUUCGCGAUGCUGUCACCCAAACCUACCGCCGCCGCCACCGUCUCGCAGCCGAUACUUCGCUCCCACAGUGGCGGCUUCCCGACUCCGACGAAACCAGUGCAUGGCAAGGCAAAGUAUGCAUUGUCGGUGCCGGUGUAGCGGGUCUCUACUUUGCCAUGCAGUUAGAGAAGGCUGGGAUUGACUUCGAUAUUGUGGAAGCAUCGGAUCGUAUUGGGGGACGCGUGAAUACCCACCACUUCACGGAAGGAGACAAGAUUGCUCACGAUUACUACGAUAUUGGGGCCAUGCGGUUCCCCCAUAUCCGGAUUAUGGAUCCGGUCUUCAAGCUGUUCAAAGAUCUGAACGUGGACAUCCAGCCCUAUUAUCUCUCCAACCCGAAAACACCAAAUCUUUUUGACAACGCGUCUGUUACCUCCAGUGAGAUGGGAGACAUCUUGACUAAGUUGAGCGACGCUGUCGAGCCGUUCAUUACUCUUCUUGAAAAGGAUUGGGAUCAAGGCUUUAAAGCUUUGAUGCAAGCCGAUCAGUAUUCCACUCGCCAGUGGCUUAUUCAAGAGCAGGGUUUGUCUUUCGAUGAAAUCUCACGACUGGAGACAUAUAGCACAGGAACUGGGAUGUUUGAGCAGGCUUUCUCUGAGACUGUCCUGGAUCACUUCGAUUUCGAUGUAGCCAAGGAUUGGAGUCGCGUUGAGGGCGGGACAUCCAGUCUCAUCGCCGCUAUGGAGAGAAAAUUGGCGACCACGCCGCAACUAAACAAGCGCGUCACUGCAAUCGGCCUAUCUUUAGAUAGGAACAAGACAGAGGUUACUAUCUCCGGCGAGACGUUUCCUCGCACGUACGAAGCCGUCAUAAACACUACGACCAUGGGGUGUUUGGGUCAAAUGGACCUUUCGCGCCUCGAAUUGAACUCGCGUCAGCAGACCGCCAUUCGGGCAUUGUCAUACGACAAAGCUUGUAAGGUUGCUAUCAAGUUCAAAAACGCGUGGUGGGAUGGGUUGGGUGUGUCGCUUGGGUCAGGGGGGUCUUCUUGGUUAGACCUUCCUAUUCGCGCCACAGUCUAUCCAUCCUGGAAUGACGGAACGGGUAGUCCUGCUGUGUUAAUGUGUUCAUACAGUUGGGCACAGGACGCGAUUCGCAUGGGUUCCCUCGUUCCUGAUGGCGGAGGCAAAAACGCUGUCUUGCUGGAGCUUGUGCUGAACAACCUCUCGCGUCUAUUCCAGAACCGCAUUACGUAUGACCAACUCACCCACUUGGUUGUCGAUUAUCAUGCCUUCAGCUUUUCACAUGACCCUUAUUCGCUUGGAGCAUACGCGAAGUUCAGUGCUGGGCAGUUCACCAACCUCUAUCCUGCGAUAAGACAGCCUGCAGCCAAUGGCCGGUUUUUCUUUGUUGGAGAAUGCGCCAGCGAGCACCAUGGCUGGAUCGUGGGCGCUAUCCAAAGUGCGCGAGAAGCAUUGAAGACAUUAGGCAUUCGCUUUGAUUUGAAGAAACUACUUCAUGUGCUAGAGCAAGACUCGAAAACUUUCGAGGUCGUGGAGCCUGGUCAUAGCGAAGACACCGUUCUCUAUCAUCUUGUUCAACACGCUGUUCAAGAGAAGUUGACGAUCGGCCGUCCAACCUACUAAGCGUAUCCCGGUGUACUAGUUACCGAUUGUUCCUAACAGUAAGGUAUUAUCUUUCCUGAUACUUACAGUACGUUCCGUCCGAUAUGCGCUUUCAAUCCGAUUACUCCUGUUAUGUUCACUGGCUCAGAAGAAAGUAGUGAUACCGCUCUAUGAUAGAUGUUUGCGAUGGCGUAGUUACGUACCACCAUGACUUGUAAAUUGAGAAUGUUCAACGAUAGAAUAGGAUGGAAU